AUGUUGGCCUCUGGCCUCUGGAAUCAAAACAUAAGACCUGACACGUGCGAUGGGCAUGAAGAAGUCUCCAAACCUGUCGUCAAAAGUCUCAGGAACCUUCGCUGUAGAAGCAUCAAGCACUUCGCCUCUCAGAUUCGCCGCUCAUGCGACAGCAACCAAACCGAGAGCAAAGCUUUGCUCAGUGCCAAGAACGCAAACGGCGUCUUUACUGCGCACUCAUACCCCAAGCACAGUUCAGACACAAUCCGAGCUAGUGGUAAUAUCCUAGGUGAACACGACAAGAGCGGUGCCAAGGCGGCAAGUACAGUCCAGGCGGCCACGACGGUGAAGGUGAAGGCGGAUUGCGUCUCCCACCAGCUGUGCCUCUGCUCCACUAUAUAUUCUACACCCACCUCUCCUGUGCUCACAACUUCUGAUAUCACACUUUCUGCACUUAUACCUUCUAUACUCGUACAUCCUGCAUUCACACCUUCUGCAUUGCAACCUUCUGCUCUCACACUUGCGCUCACACCUUCACCCAUAUCCUCUCACUCCCAGAACCACACGUUCGAAGAAGACUAUCCUGGCAAAUACAUCACUGAAACUAGCAAUAUCCGUUUGUUAUCUUCCAAGAUGACGGAAAGCUACCAGCACAGGCGAGGCGACUCGUUCCACGUGAACUGGACUGCGUUGGACAUGCCUCGACUGGCGCGAGAGAUCUACGAUGAGACAAUCGCCGAUGUACACCUCUCGCUCUUCGGCUACUGGAUCCGUGAGAGUACCGAGCACUAUGAGAUGGCGAGGAAGCACAUUCGAGAGCUGGCACUUGACCAGGGAUACAAGGUAGACCGGGUACGAAACGUGCAGCUGCGCAAGCUGCUUCAAGAAACGUUCUCGGCGCGCCCAAAAGUUCCAGGAACAGAAGACCUUGACGGCGAAGUGGACUGCGACGGCGACGUUAUGCUCGACAAAACGCCCAGCAAAACAGACUCGCAAUGGCUGAAAGAGACACUGCAGCAUCUGGAAGGCCCCCCGAAGCGGGGACCUUUGUCGAAGAAAGAGCUCGACGAAAUCCUGAGGCAACCUUCGCCAAGGACUCCCUCAAGCACAGCGAACGGCGCCAAACGCCGGAGUAUAUCCUCCCCUCUCAUCGCGCGAACAGAUCAACUACCUGGAUCACUCCGCGCAAAUCGGCGGCGGAUUCUAGAGGAGGCAGCGAAGUCCACAUUGUUGGGCCUGCCAGAGUCACCAUCGGCUCGGUACCCGCCAAACACACCGGAUCGGCCUGAACCACUUUCGCUCAAGUCAGGCAGCUCUGGCUCUUUGAGCGUGGCUGGAACACCGACUACGAGACAUGUCUCGAGCCCGCUCACCGCUUCUGCCUUGAAGUCGUUCAAUCUGCUUGAGUCGUUGGACGACGUCCAAACCAACUUCGACGAUGCCAUUCGAAGAAGUGUAUCGUCCCCACAAUGCAAAGGGGAUGGUGAUAUCUUUGGCACUGUUGCCAAGGGAAACGAUCGGUCGGACAUCGCGACCGAUAUCACGAACACAUUUGAAAGUUCGCGUGGGCGCUUGAGUACGAUAUACGAAACACCAGGCGCUCACGUCAGCACUCGCCGUGCCCAAGCUGGUGUCAACCGUCUUUCCGACGCGGACUGGCAGACCGUGACCAGCAGUGAGCAACAGCACAGGCUGACCAAGAUGUCGGAGGAAGAAACAAACGGUGCGAAGCUGCUCCGUACAGAGUACGAAGAGUUUCUUAUUGAUGCUGAUGAAGAUUCCCGCGGUGAAUUCGGCCUCGACACUGAGGCGCCAACUGGCCAGUUUGCGCUUGACCCGGAAGACGAGUCGGAUGACGAAGGCGGACCCCCAUUGAAUAUCCCCUUCGACAGUCUAUCAUCAUACGUUGGCUCUACUGAAGCCGGAUCAGUCCUCGAAACAGCAUCCAAUGCCAGUGAUGAGGAUCCCAGCCGCAACAGCCUGAUACAGUACUCGUAUGCCUCGCCGACCAAACAGGGCAUCACACAGCACAGUAAUCACAGCAGCGUGGCUGUGAAUUACUACCGCCCGCUGCCACUGCGCCACUAUGAUGCAAAGGAAGGAGACAACGGUGACGCCACAUGCAUUCACCCCGCUUUCCGAAAAGGCUACGGCGCGAAACACGCCCUCAUACCUCCGCGCCCUCUUGUCUCUCAAACGCAACCUAGCUUGGGUUCUCCCUUCCUCGAAUCCUUCCUGAAGCAUGCACAUGCACAGUCGGCAGACAGUGUACCUCCCACUCCUCCUUCCGGCACCAGAACCACAUCCUCCACUCUCUAUCCAUCAUCUGGGCCCAGGAGCACGAGCUCAACCGUAGGGCCACCACCACCGCUGCCCAUCCGAUCACCACUCCGCAGCACGCCAGGAGGGCGAAGAAACAUCUCCGCCAUCCAGACUCUGCAGAGGAGGCGUAGCAAGAUUCCCGUCCCGAGCAUUCGAGCAGCCUCGUCAACGGACGGCGAGAGCAGUACGUCGUCGCGAUAUCCCAGCUCAACGUCGAUCUCUGCCGACGCUGAUAACAUCGCUGCCUGCACGACGACGACCGAAACAUGCGUGGCGAAGCAGACCUCACCAUCCCCUGCACCCAGCCUUCUGGCCCUUCACACCGCCAUCUCCGCCUCACACAUCAACACUCUUUUUUCGAUGACCCACGCGCAGGCUGUCACGCUUCCCAGCGUCGAUUUGACUACUUUGUCACACUUUGAACGCACGUGGCGGAAGGUGAACGAGGGGAUCUUGUUGAGGGUUUUUGGUCGUGUGGAUGUGGAGUUGGACUCUGAGGGCGUGGAGCUGGUGGAGGGGAUUGGGGAUUUGAUUGGUGGAUAG